AUUACAAGACCUACACUAACUGGAUCGAAAGGCCAAAUAGCGGAGACAACCGUCAUGGCAGAGCAUCUUCUGCAACGCUUCGCUACCAUGGGAAGCUCCAGUACGGCUGGACCGCCUUCGUCAAUGGCGACACUUAGCCAACGGAUUCACCAUGAGCCGUUCGUCAAGUAUCCGGUUUACGGUCCCGGCUCUGGACCGGACAUCUACGAAGACGGUGGAGACUUCUGGCAGGGUGAAAGUGGUCCUGGUUUCUUCCCCGGUGGUCCCCCUGUGCCACCGCCGCCACCACUACCACCCUUUCCAUUUCGAGCUCCAUAUGGCAAGUUUGGCAAAACUCGCUUCAAGGGAGCCUCCGUCGCAGUUUUAACAUUCAUCGGAUUCCUAUUCUUCCUCAGUGUGCUACAAAACUACAUCCGGGAUUAUUCGACAACCAACACACCGACGCUUUUCAAUUCCAAAAAGGUAAUCGUCCUGUCAUCCGGGGCAACCAAGGAAAAUCAACAACAGUACCCGUUUCUACAGAAGAACGAUCUACACCUGAGCGAGGAGGAACAUGACGAGUAUCAACCCAACUACAAGAAAGCACCGGCGCACGGCAAACGUCCGAAAAAUCAGAAGCGACAAACACCGUCGAAAGUUGCACCGUCAAAGCAGGCGUCGUUUUCCGAUCUAAUCAGUGUUAGUGGGUUGAAGAAGAAGUGAAAAAUGGUAGUGAAUUUAAUUGCGUCACUAGUUUAUACUCGUAGUAAUGUUUAUUUAUUAUAGUCAGCGCUUUCAAAACAUUUAGGCAAUUUUUUUAGGAUUUUUUUCGCGUUAAUAAAAGUUAAAAGCCAUAAUGAAGGUGAUCUUUUUGGUCGCCUAAUAGUUGGAGAAUUUGACGGUAUUUUUGUUUUUGACAGUGCACUACACCGGUGUAGUCAUUCAAGCUUGAGUGUAAUCAAUCUAUUUCCUGUCUAUCCGGUAUACCAGGUAAAACCGAAAACGUUUUUGUGUCGGUAUGCGAUAACGGCACUUGCGCUGAAAUUAUCUUGAAAAUAUCGUGUAAAAACAUUCGAACAAUCUACCCUAACGGGAUUGUAGUAAUAACUUUAUUUGAAGUUAGUGGUUCGUUAAGGGAAUUCCGGUUUGGAUAGAAUCUAAUUCGGAUGAACUUCGCUGAAAGUCGGUUGCCGAUGCCCAAUCGAUUAAUUUUAUAGUUUCGGUAUCAUUCAUAGCCUUCCAGAAGUUGCAUCAAAAGGAGACCACCGUAUGCUGUCUAGUAAUCGUAGGAUGAUCUGGUGCUUACGUCAGGCCUAGACUGCCCAGAAAUAUAAUGAAUUUUUAAAAACUCAAUCGUCCCACCCCUGAGUCGAUUCCUAGUCCCACUAGGAGUACUUGCUCCAAAUUUGAAGCAAAUCGGACACGCUAGCUAAUGGACCAACGUUCCUGAAGUUUAUAUCGAAUUUUUCGUCAAUUUAUAUGCAGAAAACCCAGAUGUUCGAAAGAAUUACUGAGAAAAGCUUGUUUUACAACUAUGUAUAGGACGACUGAUUCCUAUCUCACUCCGUUGAAAAGCUAGUGUUACUUAUAAACUUAGAAUGGAAAAUUGGGAUUUGGCAGGCUUAUAUGGACACGAUCGAAAGGAACUAUGAAGAAUCCUUUGCCUUCUGCUAAGCAGGAGUUGGGCGUUGCACCCAAGUCUACUGCAUGGUCGCUGAUAGAACAUAACUCAUCGUCAUGUUUU